UAAACAGGCGCUCAGUCAGUAGGAAGAGCAUCCGGGAGCGCUGGGACAUCAGUAUCUUCCCAUCGCUUUCAUCGGCUGUCACUCUCACUAGAAUCCCAGGCACAGCGCCUAGUACCUCAGUGAAGACAGACAGGAUGGGCUUAAACGGUCUAUUUUCAAAGACGUGGAGUCUUCCGACCUGCCUCCUGGUCUCCAGCUACCUCUCUGUGUGGAUUGUGUCUGUCCCAGGGGGGACAGCGCAGGAGAGACAGCUGCCCAUGUGUAAGGAGUCGGACUACCGCUUCGAGUACACGGAGUGCGACAGCCUGGGCUCGCGCUGGAGGGUGGCAGUGCCCCACACCCCUGGAAUCUGCACCGGUCUUCCAGACCCCGUCAAGGGCACCCAGUGCUCGUUCUCCUGCAAGGCGGGGGAGUUCCUGGAGAUGAAGACCCAGUCGUGCGUGCCGUGUGCCGCUGGAACGUACUCCCUGGGGACGGGGGUCCGAGUGGACGAGUGGGAUGUUGUGCCCCCGGGCUUCGUCACUCUGGGAAGCGACCUGGAUGCAAACCCCUCCUCUUCCUACAGUAACUGCUCCCAGUCAGCCUGGACUCCCAAGGGUGAAUACAUCGCAUCCAACACGGACGAGUGCACGUCCACGCUGUCAUACGCCGUCAACCUCAAACAGGCCGGCUUUGUCUCCUUUGAGUACCUCUACCCCGACAACAACAUCCUGUUCGAGUUCUACGUUCAGAAUGACCAAUGUCAGGCCACUGAGACCCAGACCAGGUGGAUGCAGACCACAGAAGGAGACUGGGAUACACACAGUGUUUCACUGAGUCGGGGUAAUAAUGUCCUGUACUGGAGAACUACUGGAUUCUUAAUAUCUAAGACGGUGGCAAAGCCCGUGCUGGUCAGGAACGUCGCCAUCACGGGGGUUGCCUACACCUCGGAGUGUUUUCUCUGCAAGCCUGGCACCUACAGCUCCAAACCAGGCUCUGCCCUCUGCGCUCCCUGCCCCAUCAACACCUACUCCAAUAAGGGUGCCACAGUGUGCCAGCAGUGCGACAGUGAGAAAUAUGCAGACAUCGGGUCAGGGACCUGCAAGGAGCGGCCGGCGUGCACAGCCAGUGACUACUUCUACACACACACGCCCUGUGACUCCAGCGGGCAGACCCAGCUGAUGUACAAGUGGAUUGAGCCAAAGGUCUGCAGUGAGAAUGCUGACGGAGCGGUGAAGCUGCCUGCCUCUGGAGAAAAAAUCAACUGCCCUCCCUGUAACCCGGGUUUCUUCAAGAACAACGCCUCUGCCUGCGAGCCCUGUCCUUAUGGCUCCUAUUCCAAUGGCACAGAGUGUGUCCCGUGCCCAGCUGGAACAGAGCCGAUGAUGGCCUUUGAGUACAAGUGGUGGAACAGCCUGCCCAGCAACAUGAAGACGUCGGUGUUCAGCAGAGAGUACAGCGACUCGGGCAGGCACACUGCCUGGGAGGUCGCUGGGGAGUACAUUUACACCACGGCAGGCGACUCGGACACCGACUACCUGAUGCUCAUCCUGACUGUCCCAGGGUACAGAGAGCCGCAGUCGGUCGCCAAGGACUCGGGGAAUAAGGAGCUGUCCCGGGUCACGUUCGUCUUCGAGACCAAGUGCACGGCUGACUGCACGCUGUAUUUCAUGGCGGGCUACAACGAAAGGGCAAACACCAUGGUGGAGCACUGGACCGGCUCCAAGGAGAGGCAGUCCUACUCUUACAUCGUGAGCAGCAACUACACCGUCAGCUUCACCUGGGCCUUCCAGCGCACUGAGGACUACUCCACAGACAGACAAUACAGCAGCGAUUUUGCCAAGAUCUUCUCCAUCCGCAUCACCAACGUCAUCAGCGGGGUGGCCUCCCACUGUCGGCGCUGCGCCCUGGGCUCCUCGGAGCUCGGCUCCUCCUGCGUGCCCUGCCCCCCCGGGCACUACAUCGAGAACGGCAGCAGCACGUGCCAGCCAUGCCCGCCAAAUACGUUCCUCAGGCCAGACCAGCCUGUUGGCAAGGGGGCGUGUGUUCCCUGUGGCCCCAACACCUACAGCAAUGAGCUGCAGUCGACGUGCUUCAGUGACUGCAGGCUGACUCUGGCGCACAAGCAGGUGAAAGUGCAGUACGACUUCGGCCCUCUGUCCAACACCACCAGCUUCCAGAGUGGACCCCGUUUCACCCCCAAAGGGCUCAAGUACUUCCAUCAUUUCAGCAUCAGCCUGUGUGGAAACGAGGGGCGGAAGCUGGCAUCUUGUGUCGACAAUAUCACAGACCACAGACAAGAGCUCUCUGCAUACGCCUGCCAGUCUACCCUCGUACCCUCAGAUGUCAGGGCCCAGAAGACUGUGGUUUCUUCGCAGCCAUUCAGCAUUGCAGACAGAUUAAUAGGGGUUACUACUGACACCGAGCUUGAUAACAUCACCUCACCCGAGGAGCUGUUCCCUGGCAGAGGCAAAUCACCUGAUGUCAUCUUUUACUACAGGUCAGUUGAAGUGACUAAGGCCUGUAAAAAUGGGAGAGCCACCACAAUCAGACUGAGGUGUGACCCAACCGAAUCCGAGACCAAUGUGCUCACUCUGCCAAGUAAAUGCCCAGAGGGCACCUGCGAUGGCUGCACAUUCCACUUCCUGUGGCGAUCGAGGCACGCUUGCCCGCUGUGCUCUGAGAACGACUACAAAGAGAUCGUGAGUGCCUGUGUCAAGGGAAUCCAGAAAACCACCUACGUGUGGCAGGAACCCAGGCUGUGCACUGGAGGGGUGACUGUGCCAGAGCAGAAGGUCAGCGUCUGCGUCACCCUGGACUUCUGGCUGAAGUUUGGAGUGUCCACCGGCACUGUGGCGGCCCUGCUGCUGGUGGCCGUCACCUGCUAUUUCUGGAAGAGGACCCGCAGGUUGGAGUAUAAGUACUCGAAGCUGGUGAUGAACUCCAGCGCGAAGGAUUGUGAGCUCCCUGCGGCGGACAGCUGCGCCAUCAUGGAAGGAGAAGAUGCAGAGGACGACCUGAUCUACCUCACCAAGAGGUCCAUCUUUGGCAAGAUCAAGUCCUUCACCUCCAAGAGAACAUCUGAUGGGUUUGAUUCGGUUCCACUGAAGUCAUCGUCGGGAAUCAACGACGUUGAAAUAAGCUAGAAACCAGCUCUGGGAUCCAUAGUGGCCUUUCUGCCACACUGUCUGUGACAGUGUCGCAGGUCAAUCGUCAUGUCUGUGUGAAGACACCACGUUCAGGAAACAUUUUAAGGCUAUAUCAAGCCGACAUAGGAUGUACAUUCCUCCCUCCUUGAUUAAUGUGAGAUAUAGUAAUUCCAAUAUUUUUAGCAGAAACGCUUUGAAUCAUUUUUUUGUACGUUUCUGGACUUUUUAAACAAUCUGUUUUUCAUGACGGCUACAGAAUUUAUCCAGUUUGCUAGCUUCUUUUUUUUUUUCUUUACCGGCUAAAUUUUAUACUGUUGCCAAAUGAAAACAUCUUUUUUAAGUUUUAUUUUUUAUGUUAAAAGCAGCUCUAGCCCGUGUGGUCCUCAUGCACUGAGGUCAGGAAUGUAGAAAGGAAAGCCUUUUAACGUAGGUCGGAAACAAAUGUAAGGGAAAGGAACUCCCAGGACUCACUUGCCUGCGUUGCCUGCCUGUACAAACCGUGUUUCCCAGAUCCUUGUUUGCUCAGCUCCUUUUCAACCAUCUCUGCCCUUACAGCAGCUCCUCGGUUCUUCCUCACGGUGAGAGGAUUCUGACCACCUACUCCUCAUUGCCUUGCCCGCCCCCGUGUCCGAAAACAAUCAUUUUUAAUGACCUGCUCUGCUGUGAGUGUGUCUGUGUUUGCCCUGUGAUGGACUGGCAAGGCCUACACACACACAUCAUGCCUAGGGUGUAACCUGCCUUGUGUCCGUUGCUUAUCAGGAUAGGCCCUGCUGAUUCCCUGUGAUCCUCUACUGGAAGAAGUGUUUAGAAAACAGAUGGAUGGAAGGGGGCAUCUGAAGUUUCAAACUUAUAGGCAAGGGAAGCAGAACUCUUUAUAGCCUGGGCGAUAGUGGCUUAUUCACCAGUUUCUGUUUACUUUUUACCAAAGCUAACUGCAUUUUGUCAUUUUUAUAUGUUCCAUAAGAACAAUAAACAGAACAUAGAAGUCCCAAAAACACAAGAAAGUGUGAACAGAUAGAGAUUUUUCACUUUGCUUACAUUCUCAUACUGGGGUGUGGGAAGACCGCCAAAAUACACUGGUAUGGAAUUAUGGGAUUGUGCAAAAUUGUGAUAUUUAACUGGGAACCAAGGUUCUUAAUGAAGGAGUGAAUUUUUAAAAAUCAAAAUACACAAUCUUUUCAUAGGCAAAAUGAAUU